AUGAGUCGUCAAGGUCAGAUGCUGGACCUUCCACCGCUUAUAUUCCGGACCGGUCUCGAUAAGUUUUGUCGUGAGGUGAGUGAGCAGGCGGGUUCGGCGCGUGCAUGUGCUCUCCUGGGCUCAGCUUCUCAGCGCAGAUUAGGUACGUCACUCGUAUAUACCAACGAAUACAAGGAAAAUGUUUUCGUCAAUAGGGAGGCCUGCUGCAAAGUCAUCGAGGCUUUCUUCUUCAUCAUCUAUGUUUUCCUUGCUCCCAGAAACCGCUCGUGCGAACACCGCUCGCCUCCUUCAUGGCUCUGUUCAUUCCAGCCCUCUGCUGAGGGCGAUCGCCUCUCAUGUCAGAUCGAAUCACAGCUUCGUAGUACCCUCAAGGCCAGUGCUGCGCCGCGGCAUCCUUCCCCUUCUAUCACAUCGCCGCACGAUCAUGUUCAACAACUUCAACGGCAUGCCAAAUUUCCGCCCCCCGACACCUUUUCAAAAGGCAAUGAUUGCGGUGGUGGGUAUUGCAGCCGUUCCCGUUAUCUUCUUCGUCGGACUCGGAUCCUUCACGUUCGUAUGCGUUGCUGGUGCGGCUUAUGUUGCAUACCGAUCUGUG